AGCUCAAAGCUAAGAAGAACCCCAAAAGAGCAUUCAUCAUUCCUCAUCACAAUGGCGUCGUCUUCAACUACUCUCCUCAUGAUCUUCGCCGCGGUCGCGGCCGCAUUGACCUUGUCGGGUUAUAGAGUUCAUGCUGCAGUGGACUGUUCGUCGUUGAUACUAAACAUGGCUGAUUGCUUAUCAUUUGUGACAAGUGGUAGUACAGUGGAGAAGCCAGAAGGGACAUGUUGUUCAGGUCUCAAGACAGUGGUUAGGACAGGACCAGAGUGUUUAUGUGAAGCAUUCAAGAACAGUGCUUCUCUUGGUGUUACUCUUGAUUUGUCUAAAGCUUCUUCUCUUCCUACUGUUUGUAAAGUUGCUGCUCCUCCUUCUGCUCGUUGUGUUUCUGUCUCUGGAUCUCCUCCUGCUACUGCCCCUGGUUUAGCUCCUACGGCCGGAGCAGGUGCACCGGAGUUGUCCAGCAGAGCAAAUGCGGCGGCGUCUCCAAUUCAGUCCCCGAGGAGUUCAGAUGCAUCCUUGCUCUCUGUGUCUUUCGCAUCUAUCAUUUUCAUGGCACUCAUCUCUUCUUUCUAUUGAGCCUUAUACAAUUUAAUUGCUUCUCUUGAGUUCUUUUUGUUUGCUAUGUAGCUGAAGAGUUUGGUGUUGAUGAUCACUUUUAACUUUCAUGUAUCAAUUCUACUGAGAAUUCUCUCAUAAUUUUAGUUUCUAAGAAAAAAUUAUAUUAUUAUUACA